AUGAACCCCUCGAACCCCAGCUGCCUCCCGUUCGAGAUACUCAAACGUAUCUGCGAUGAGGUUAGCUUGACCUCGAGGGAAAGCCUGAAAAGCUGUUCCUUAGCCUCUCAUGCCUUCCUCCAUCUUUCACGACGCCACCUCUUCCAGAAAGUCACUCUUUCGAUACAACCAAACGGCUCUUCCAUCGACAACCCCCACUUUUCAGAAUUGAUUCCCUUCCUCGUUCAAAACGCCAAUAUAUUAUCCACGAUUCGCGUGGUGCGCAUACAAAGACGUCCAUCGGCAAAGCCGUCACCCUUGAAUUCAACCUGGUCAAGCGCGACGAAGCUCCUAUCCCAGCUCCUCGAGAAGGUCGACAACCGCGGUCUUCAACGUCUCGCAAUCGUCUCGUCGUUCCUCGCGGAUUGGACAACUCUCGACAAGGGGCUUCGUAGCGUCCUUCUCCGCUACUGCCAUAUAGCAACACUUCACCAUCUCGAGCUCCUCUACAUGAGUGUCUCAAAACAAGAACUGUUGUCCUUCGUACAGGUCCCGAAAGUGUCAUUAUCCGGCAUGUCAGUAUUAUCCCAUAACUUGGACCAGGACACUUCGGCGCCGGAGACUCAAAUACCCUCUCUCGAGAGCAGGUUGCGAGAACUCAGCGUUACGCACCGCUUCCCGAACCUCGACAGCGACAUUUGGAGCAUCCUUGAAGAAGCAAGCGGCACCUUGGAGACCUUGGCUUGUCUUUCGAGUCCCCACCAUGGCCCAUCCUCUACCGUUAACCCCCUGUAUACACUCGACCUCAAGCCUCUACCACGCCUGCCCCACUUGAAAAGCCUUACCUUUUGCCUAUCGUUGGACCGUCUCUCGAUUGAACGCUCAACACGGCUGCUUGAAGGCGUAUUCACCCCGAGCAGGGUCGAAAUUUUGGAAAUAUGUUGCGACUUCCAGGUCCCUCCUUCAAGAAGUGAAUUGGCGGGUUGGGGAUUCGACGCUUUGGACGCGGUCCUUGCGGGUGCUGCUCUUAAUUGUUUGCAACAAGUCAGGGUUACGAUGAAGGAGGUUGCACUUGCUCUCAGCGCUCCUCUAUCAUCGAAUCUGGAUCCUGCAGCACUCCGUGCGAUGGAUUUGGGGAUAUUCCGAACAUACCUUCCCCGUACCAGCGCAAAGGGAAUCAUUGUCGGCGUAGAGGAAGAUUGCUCAGGAGCAGGAUGA